AUUCGGAAUAUCAUUUAUAUAAGUUUAUUCGGUAUCACAAGGUGACCUCUGAUUGAAGAAAAUAAGUUAAAUCACUCAAAUACUCCAGUAGUCUAAGUGCCGGCUUAAUAGCAGAAUGUCUACUCCUCAAUCAGAUACAGAGAGAAGAAAACAAAUCAGUGUUAGAGGCAUUGCAGAACUAGAUGAUGUGAACGAAAUCAAAAAAACAUUCAAUAGACAUCUGCAUUAUACUCUCGUUAAAGAUAGGAAUGUUGCUACAUCUAGAGAUUACUAUUUUGCUUUGGCUUACACUGUUAAGGACCACUUAGUAUCUAGGUGGAUAAGAACUCAACAAUACUAUUAUGAAAAAGAUCCCAAGAGAGUAUAUUACCUUUCUCUUGAAUUCUACAUGGGUAGAUCCUUACAAAAUACAAUGAUUAAUUUGGGAAUACAGACACCUGUGGAUGAAGCCCUCUAUCAGUUGGGUUUAGAUAUAGAAGAACUGGAAGAUAUUGAAGAAGAUGCUGGUUUGGGAAAUGGAGGUUUGGGUCGUCUGGCUGCAUGCUUUUUAGAUUCCAUGGCAACUUUGGGAAUGGCAGCUUAUGGUUAUGGUAUCAGAUACGAAUAUGGUAUUUUCGCACAAAAGAUUAUCAAUGGCGAACAACAAGAAGAACCAGACGAUUGGUUGAGAUAUGGAAAUCCUUGGGAAAAAGCAAGACCCGAAUAUAUGCUACCUGUAAACUUUUAUGGACAUGUUAUUGACACUAAUGAGGGUAAAAAAUGGGUUAAUACACAAGUAGUUUUCGCCCUUCCCUAUGAUAAUCCCAUACCCGGUUAUAAAAAUAACGUGGUUAAUACUUUGAGAUUGUGGUCUGCAAAAUCACCAGUGGAUUUCAACUUGAAAUUCUUCAAUGAUGGUGAUUAUAUUCAAGCUGUGCUCGAUAGGAAUCUUGCAGAAAAUAUAUCCAGAGUUUUAUAUCCCAACGAUAAUUCAUUUGAAGGAAAAGAACUUAGAUUGAAACAAGAAUACUUCAUGGUCGCUGCUACCUUACAAGAUAUUAUCAGAAGAUUCAAAGCUGCCAAAUUUGGUACUCGCGAAACUACAAGAACUAAUUUUGAUUUGUUACCUUCCAAAGUAGCCAUACAACUGAACGAUACCCAUCCAUCCUUGGCCAUACCUGAAUUAAUGAGAAUAUUGGUUGAUAUUGAAGGACUCCCGUGGGAAAAAGCUUGGGACAUAACUGUCAAGACAUGUGCAUACACCAACCAUACCGUUCUUCCCGAAGCUCUCGAAAGAUGGCCAACUUCUUUGUUAGAAAGUAUUCUUCCUAGGCAUUUGCAGAUCAUUUAUCACAUAAAUUUCUUGCAUUUACAACAAGUCGAAAAACGCUGGCCCAACGAUUUGGACAGGAUGAGACGUAUGUCUUUGAUUGAAGAAGAAGGCGGUAAGAGAGUUAAUAUGGCACACCUUUCUAUAGUUGGUUCACAUGCUGUUAACGGCGUUGCCAGAAUUCAUUCAGAAAUUAUUAAAGCUGAUUUAUUCAAAGACUUCUAUGAAUUAACUCCAGAAAAGUUCCAGAACAAAACCAACGGUAUUACUCCGAGGAGAUGGCUGUUACUCUGCAAUCCUGGUUUGAGCGAUUUGAUUUCAGACAAAAUAGGAGAAGAAUGGACUGUUAAACUCGAUCAAUUGAAGCAAUUGAAAAAGUGGGCUAAAGAUCCAAACUUUCAAAGGGCAGUUAUGAAAGUUAAACAAGAAAACAAAUUGAGAUUCGCCCAACUUCUAGAAAAAGAUUACGGCGUCAAAAUAAAUCCUUCAUCCAUGUUUGAUAUUCAAGUUAAAAGAAUCCACGAAUACAAGAGGCAACUUCUCAACUGUCUCCACAUCAUCACUCUUUAUAAUAGAAUAAAGAAGAACCCUUCAGCAAAGAUUACUCCAAGAACUAUCAUGAUUGGAGGUAAAGCUGCUCCCGGUUACUAUACAGCCAAGAAGAUUAUUAAACUUAUCAAUAUGGUGGGAAACGUCGUUAAUAAUGAUCCUAUAGUCGGAGAUAAACUCAAAGUCAUAUACUUGGAAAACUAUAGAGUCACUUUGGCUGAAAAAAUCAUGCCAGCUGCAGAUUUGAGUGAACAAAUUUCUACAGCCGGUACUGAAGCUUCAGGAACAGGUAACAUGAAAUUUCAACUUAAUGGCGCCCUAACUAUCGGUACACUUGACGGUGCCAACGUCGAAAUGGCCGAAGAAAUGGGCAAUGAAAAUAUUUUCAUCUUUGGUAUGACGGUAGACGAAGUGGAAGCCCUUAAGAAGAGAGGUUAUAACGCUAUGGAGUACUACAAUAAUAAUCCCGAAUUAAAACAAGCUGUGGAUCAAAUUCAAAAUGGAUUUUUCAGCCCCGGAAAUCCGGAUGAGUUCAAAGAUUUGGCUGAUAUUUUACUCAAGUACGACAGGUUCUUCCUGCUCGCUGAUUAUGAAGCUUACAUCAAAAAACAAGAUGAAGUCAGUGCUGUGUAUCAGAAUCAGUCUAAAUGGUUGGAAAUGGCGAUAAAUAACAUUGCAAGUUCUGGAAAAUUCUCCAGUGAUCGCACAAUCAUCGAAUAUGGUAAAGACAUAUGGGGAGUAUCACCCAGUUACGAAAAAUUACCCGAUCCAUCUAUUCCGAGAGAACUAGCUUUAAAAGAUAAUUAAAUAUCUUCUUUUUAUAUAGAUUCUCGUCAUUAUACGACUUUUGUAAAGUUGUAUCGCUUAGUAUCAAUAUUAGGAUUUAAGUAUUCUUCAAUAUGUAGUAUAAAUAUUGUUGGUUCCUUGAAAUAUUUUACUUGCAUAAAAAAUAUGUACGUUUAGUGAUAGAAGUACAACAUUUUAAUUCAAGUACCAAUAAGUCUUUUAAAUUGGGGAUGUUUAUAAAUUUCUUCCACCUAAUUUUUAACUUUAUUAGUGUAUUGAACCAGAACAAGAUAUUUUUUUGUUAUAAUCGACAGAAUUAUCAAAUAGCACAAUUAUUAUGAAUGAAAAUCAGAACAAAAUCACCAAUAAAAUUAUGUUUUUGCCUAAUUUCUUCCAAUUAGAUUUCUAAUUAUGCAUGAACCGGCCAUAAACUAAUCGAUUUGUGAUCAUAAAUCUACAUCAGAAAGUAUUACUUAUAGUUGUCGCAGAGUUGCAAACUCCAGUUUAUGGCAUGUAGGGAGGAUUUCCAGUGAAAACUUCCCUUUUGGAAACUUCUAAAAAAUGUAAACAUUUAUACAAAAACGUUUAGAAUCGAUCGGUUUGAAAACUUUGAAAAAGGUUUGGGCACACUUAAGUCUUUCUUCAUAUUUAUUGCUGUAUUUGCUGAUUUCUUCUUUGAUGCUGAGAACUUUCAAGUCUCUCUCUCUCCAUUAUUCUGUUAGGGAUGUACCAUAGAACGGCUCUCUAACAAUAAGAGGAACUUUAUAUGGAGUAAUCUAUUUGAAUUCCAAUAUUUUCGAUAUAGUAUACUCAAAAUGAAUAUUUGUUCUACUUAAUUCAUAAAUUGUUUAUAUUUCUUAUUGAAAAUUAAUAUUUGUAUCAAAAUCUGUUAUAUGACAUAUUUAUAUCGUAUUUUUACAUUGAAAACUAUAAUUUAAAAACCAUUACAAAGGUGGUGUAGAUUUUUAUAAAUAGUAAAAAUGUACUUUGUAAAAAAAAAAUUUAAAAAAGUCCUUUUCGCUUUACUAUAUUGUCCGAUAAGCCCGAAUAAUUUUUUAAAAAUCUCGAUUUGAUCAGACUGUAGGUAGUAGAAAUUAAUAUCUUAUUUCGAGUGCCAUUAGUAAACAUUUAAUUAGUAAUAAAAGCAAGUGAUAAUUAUUUUAGACUGCCAGAUUUUGUUGAAAGAGUAUAAAUAUUAUUUUAACAUUGAACCUGAACCAUCAUGAACAAAUUGUUGUUAAAGAGCACUAAAACCUGAAAUAUUUUUAUAUUGUUUACAAAGAAGUUUUAAAUAUACAUGUGGCAUGUUUCUGAAUAGUUUAUUUUUCUUGUUAAGAUUAUUAAUAAAUAUAUAUGUAUCUAUUAAAA